AUGUCACACGAUCGUGUCAUUUUAGAUUUAGAAGCCAUUAAGGAAAGAUACAACCUUUUCAAUUCUACUUUCCCUUCUGAAGCAUUAAAGCACCAUUUUGAAUUUGAUUUCAGUUCUUCCGCAACUGAAAAUUUAAUCAAGCUAUCUCAAAUAGCAUUAAAUGAUAAGCAUACAUCUGCAUAUUUAUUCAUCUAUAACACAAUAUUUUUAGAGAUACUAGCGCACUGGACUACAAAAUUAGACAAGAAUGAAUCUGUUAAGGUUCUUGAAUCAUCAUCCAGGAUUAUUACGAUGUAUCCAAAAGCUACAUCAUUAAUUGAAGAAUUCUUAGAAAGAGAAAAUGAUCAUUUUGUUACAAUAUUACAGAAUCCAUCCUCGCAAGAUGAAAACCAAAUCUUCACGAUUUUAUUAUCUUAUUUCAGACUAUUAUAUCAUAACAAAGAUAUAUUCGAAUCCUUCAUCAAACCUGACGUUUUAUACAAACUAAUUUCUAGCAGCCAACCGUCUGAAUUAACAAAAUUUAUUGCACUAAAAGUCCUUGGCAUUUUCUUAGAUGCUGGUGAAGCUGCAUUGACCAGCAUGUUUGACAUUCAUAUCACAUCUGAUGGCACUUUAAUAGGUACAUAUGAAUUGGAUAAUAACAUCAAUUAUAAAUUUUUAGAAAUUAACGAAGCUAAGAGAUUUUCAAAUUUUACAAGAUUACCAGAAGUCCCUGAGGUUCAUGAACUUUUACCAAAUAAAAAAUACUUUUUAAUUGAGCCUACUGAAUUAAAUGAUAGAGUUGUGUCCAUUUGUGGCGUCUUAGUACCAAGAGGCAAUUCUAUUAGAGACAUCAAACAAUACCCACUAACUUUUGUCCCUACAGAGAAAACUAUUGCAACAUUACGUCUCUUAGCAAGAAAAGUUCAAAAUUCAGAACCAGUAAUGUUGGUCGGACAGGCUGGCUCAGGCAAAACGUUCAUCAUAAACGAGUUAAGUAAGUAUAUGCAAUGCCAUGAUUCAAUAGUAAAAAUCCAUUUAGGUGAACAAACGGACGCUAAAUUACUCCUUGGUACUUAUACGUCAGGUGAGAAACCAGGUACUUUUGAAUGGAGGUCUGGUGUUUUGACCACUGCCGUAAAAGAGGGAAGAUGGGUGCUCAUUGAAGAUAUUGAUAAAGCCCCAACAGAAGUUUUGUCCAUUUUACUUUCUCUUUUAGAGAAGCGUGAAAUGACGAUACCAUCAAGGGGCGAAACUGUGAAGGCAGCUAAUGGCUUCCAGUUAAUUUCAACUGUCAGACUAAGUGAAGAUACAAUCAAAGAAAAUAAAGAGGAAAAUAACUUCAAUCUAAAUAUUAUUGGUUUGAGAAUUUGGAGUGCUAUUCAUCUAAUUGAACCAACCAUUGAUGAUUUGAAGGAAAUAUUGUGCCAAAGAUACCCAGUCUUAUCGCAAUUGAUUCCAAAACUUAUACGUUCAUAUGAGGGAGUAAAGGCUAUUUAUGGUGACCCCAGGUUUAUCUCCUUAAAUAGAGGUGCCCACGCAAGAAUAGUCUCGACCAGAGACUUAAUGAAACUAUGUAACCGCCUGCAAGCACUUUUUACCAAUAAUAACAUUAUAAAACCGGACCAGUUGAUCGAAUCAUCGAUAUAUGAUUCUAUUUUUGCAGAGGCUGCCGAUUGUUUCACUGCUGCAAUUUCUGAAUUCAAAGCCCUUCAACCACUAAUAUAUAGCAUUGGUGAAUCUCUUGAAAUUGCAGAGUCAAGAAUCUCACUUUUCAUAGAUAAACAUGUGCCACAACUGGAAGAGCUUGAUGACAAUCUCAAGAUUGGUAGAGCAACGCUUCAGAGAUCUCCUUUAUCGAUCCAAAGAAAAUCAGUAAAUUCUACAUCUUUUGCAACAACAAAUCAUUCUUUAAGAUUAAUGGAACAAAUUGCGGUUGCUGUCCAAAUGACAGAGCCCGUUCUUCUAGUUGGUGAAACCGGUACUGGUAAAACUACUGUUGUCCAGCAAGUUGCCAAACUCAUGAAUAAAAAAUUAACUGUGAUUAAUGUCUCCCAACAAACUGAAGCUGGUGAUUUGCUUGGUGGUUACAAGCCCGUGAAUUCUAAGACAGUAGCUGUACCAGUCCAGGAAACAUUUGAAACACUCUUUGCUGUGACAUUUUCAUUGAAAAAGAAUGAGAAGUUUUACAAAAUGUUGCACAAAUGCUUCAAUAAAAAUCAAUGGAAAAAUGUAGUUAAAUUAUGGACAGAGGCUUAUAAAAUGGCUCAAACUUUGCUAAACAAAGAGUCUAUGGCGGACGUUCAAGAUCAAGCAAAAGAAAAAAAAAGAAGAUUGAAUUUGGACGAGAAAAAAGUAUUACUAGGUCAAUGGGAAGAAUUUCAUGCUAUGGUUGAAAAGUUUGAAUUACAGUCUGCCUCCAUUGAAAAUGCGUUUAUUUUCAAUUUUGUCGAAGGUUCGUUGGUAAAGGCAGUCAGAAACGGGGAGUGGUUAUUGUUAGAUGAAGUUAACUUAGCAUCUGCAGACACAUUAGAAAAUAUAUCUGAUCUCUUGACAGAAAGCGAUUCAAGAAGUAUUCUCCUUUCCGAAAAGGGUGAUGCUGAACCAAUUAAGGCUCACCCUGAUUUCAGGAUUUUCGCAUGUAUGAACCCAGCAACUGAUGUUGGUAAACGUGAUUUACCCUCCGGUAUAAGGUCAAGAUUUACAGAAAUAUAUGUCAACUCUCCUGAUAGAGACAUCACCGAUUUAUUAUCCAUAAUAGAUAAAUAUAUUGGCAAAUUUAGCGUCAGCGAUGAAUGGGUUGGAAAUGAUAUUGCUGAAUUAUACUUGAAAGCGAAAAAACUUUCGGAAAAUAGCCAAAUAGUGGAUGGCUCUAAUCAAAAGGCACAUUUUAGUAUUCGUACGUUGACUCGGACUCUUCUUUAUGCCUGUGACAUAGUACAUAUCUAUGGACUACGCCGUGCCCUUUAUGAUGGGUUUUGCAUGAGUUUUUUAACUUUAUUAGAUCAAACGUCAGAAAAGCUUUUAUUACCUAUUAUUGAAGAAUACACAUUAGGUAGAUUAAAAAACGCAAGAUCUGUACUAUCGCAAGUUCCUCCAUCUCCUGGACUUGAUUAUGUUCAGUUCAAACAUUAUUGGAUGGAAAAGGGGCAUGAACAACUAAUAGCUCAACCCCAUUAUAUCAUUACUCCAUUCGUUGAAAAAAAUAUGUUAAAUCUCGUAAGAGCAACCUUCAGUAAGCGUUUUCCUAUUUUGAUCCAAGGUCCAACUUCCGCUGGUAAAACUAGUAUGAUUAAGUACCUCGCUGAUAUCACUGGCCAUAAGUUUGUUCGUAUUAACAAUCAUGAGCAUACCGACUUACAAGAAUAUUUAGGAACGUACGUGGCAGAUGAUACCGGGAAACUAUGCUUUAGAGAGGGUGUCCUAGUAGAGGCUUUAAGGAAAGGUUAUUGGAUUGUGCUUGAUGAAUUGAAUUUGGCUCCUACCGACGUUUUAGAAGCUUUAAAUAGGCUAUUGGAUGAUAACAGAGAAUUGUUUAUCCCAGAAACCCAGGAAGUCGUUCAUCCACAUCCAAAUUUCAUGCUUUUUGCCACACAAAAUCCACCUGGUUUAUAUGGUGGUCGUAAAGUGCUUUCAAGGGCCUUUAGAAAUCGUUUCUUGGAGUUGCAUUUUGACGAUAUCCCACAGGAUGAAUUAGAAAUUAUUUUACGUGAACGUUGUCAAAUUGCUCCUACAUAUGCCAAGAAAAUUGUUGAGGUAUAUCGCCAAUUGUCUAUAGAAAGAUCCGCGUCAAGGAUAUUUGAGAAGAAGAAUAGUUUUGCUACGUUGCGUGAUCUUUUCCGUUGGGCCUUAAGAGAUGCCGUUGGGUAUGAACAGCUUGCUAGUAAUGGUUAUAUGCUAUUGGCGGAAAGGUGUAGGAAUCCUCAGGAAAAAAUUACAGUAAAAAGAGUGUUAGAAAAAGUGAUGAAGGUCAAAUUAGACAUGGAUACUUAUUAUGCUAGCCUGGAAGAUAAAGAAUUAGAAUCACAGGAUUCUGUGAUAUGGACGAAGGGCCUUCGUCGUUUAGCAGUGUUAGUAUCCUCCUGUUUGAAAAAUAAUGAGCCAGUUCUAUUAGUAGGUGAAACCGGUUGUGGUAAGACAACUAUUUGCCAGUUGCUAGCGUCAUUCCUUGGAAAACAACUAAUUACUCUGAAUGCCCACCAAAAUACGGAAACAGGCGAUAUUCUGGGUGCACAAAGACCUGUACGUAACAAAGCAGAGGUUCAAACGAAAUUAAUACAUCUUUUACAAGAUCUUUUACAGGAACAUCAUGAAAAAGAUUUAAAUACUCUCUUAGAGAAAUUUAAAAAUUUUGACAAGUCUGCUAUAAGUACGGAAGAUCUCUCAUCUGUCAAGACACUACAGGAUAAUAUGAACGCUCUCUUUGAGUGGUGCGACGGUCCUUUAAUCCAUGCUCUAAAAACAGGUAAUCUUUUCUUAUUAGAUGAAAUUUCCCUUGCCGAUGACUCUGUUUUAGAAAGACUAAAUAGUGUGUUAGAACCGGAAAGAAGUCUAUUAUUAGCCGAAAAGGGUACAUCUGAUAGUUUGAUUUGCGCAGAACCUGGUUUCCAAUUUCUUGCCACAAUGAACCCAGGUGGUGAUUACGGUAAGAAGGAAUUAUCGCCUGCAUUAAGGAAUAGAUUUACUGAGAUUUGGGUGCCAUCCAUGGAAAAUUUUAACGAUGUAAGUUUGAUUGUGCAAUCCAGAUUAAAAACGGAACUCAAACAUUUAGAAAAAGCUAUAGUCUCAUUUUCUGAAUGGUUCGGUAAGAAAUUUGGUGGUGGUGACGCUACAAAUGGUAUUAUUUCGUUACGUGAUAUUUUGGCAUGGGUAGAAUUUGUCAACAGUACAUAUGAUGGCACAAGCAAUGAAUACACGUUACUAGUUCAUGGUGCUUCUAUGGUUUUUGUUGAUACUUUGGGGACUAAUAAUACCGCAUAUCUAGCAGAAGAUGAGGAAAACUUGAACAAACUCAAGAGGGAAUGCAUAAAGCAGCUAUCCAAGUUCGCCUGCCAGGAUCUAACUCCAUCCAUUCAAAGCGAGUUUGCUCUGGAAGUUGUUGAAAAUUCUAUUCAAAUCGGUCCUUUCAAGUUGAGCAGAUAUAACAAAAAUGGUCAGGCUGCUUCCUUCAACAUGAGAGCUCCAACCACAUCUUCCAACCUGAUGAGAGUUGUAAGAGCACUGCAAGUUCAUAAACCUGUGUUACUUGAAGGUAGCCCUGGUGUUGGUAAAACCAGUUUAAUUACUGCCUUAGCAGAACUAACAGGUAAUUCCUUGACUCGUAUUAAUCUGUCAGAACAAACUGACCUGAUUGAUCUUUUCGGUUCAGAUGUUCCAGGUGAAAAGAGUGGAGAAUUUGUCUGGCAAGAUGCGCCAUUUUUGAGAGCAAUGCAGCAGGGUCACUGGGUUUUACUAGAUGAAAUGAAUUUAGCAUCACAAUCCGUCUUAGAAGGUCUGAAUGCAUGUCUUGAUCAUCGUGGAGAAGCUUAUAUUCCUGAGUUGGAUAGAUCUUUUGCCUGUCAUCCAAAUUUCUUAGUUUUUGCCGCCCAAAAUCCUCAAUACCAGGGUGGUGGUAGAAAAGGUCUGCCAAAAUCUUUUGUUAACCGUUUUACUGUUGUGUAUGUUGACAUGUUGAAAACGGAGGAUCUUCUUCUUAUCUCACAACAUCUAUACCCAAAUAUGGAAGCCGAACUGUCCGGUAAAAUGAUUCAGAUAAUGUCCGUCUUAGAAGAGGAGGUUUCAAAGAAAAAGAAGUGGGGUACUCUAGGUGCUCCAUGGGAAUUCAAUUUAAGAGAUGCUUUAAGAUGGUUGAAAUUACUUACUAAAGCAUCUAUAUCUAGUGAGAUGGAUGUUUUAGACUUCGUUGAUAUUAUUGUAAAGCAAAGAUUCCGUACAGAAAAAGAUAAGGACCAAGCGGAGUCAAUUAUUAAUGCUAUUUUUGGUGCUUAUCAGAAAAACGAGAACUAUCACAGCAUUACCGCUGAUUAUGUCCAAUUCAACAGAGAAAUUUCUGCAAGGAACCCUUUAUACCAUUUUUCCACGACAGACAGACUGAUCCCACUUGAGUGUAACAUCUCUGUCUAUGAAUCAGCCUUAAGGUGUAUCAACAAUAACUGGCCUUUAAUUCUGGUGGGUCCCAGCAACUCUGGUAAAACUUCUAUUGUAACGUAUUUGGCUUCAAUUGUUGGCCAAAAAGUGAGUAUCUUUUCUAUGAAUAGCGAUGUUGACAGUAUGGAUAUUAUUGGUGGUUAUGAGCAAGUAGACAUGGUAAGGAAAAUCUCCUUUAUCAUCGAUGAAUUAAAACCAUUAUUGAGAGAAAUUUUAACUAAAAAGUUAAUGGAACAUGGGCAACAUUAUGAUGUAUUGACUAUUGGGCUGGAGCUCCUCCAAUUCAUUAAUCAGAAUAUAAUCACUGCUAAAACCUACUCGCUCUUCGAAAUGGCAUUCCAGCAAUUUUAUUCUACUCUGCAAGAUAAUGCAUGUCUUUCUAAAAUAGCUUCAGAAAUCGUCGCGCUCUCCAAAAUCGUUGAAACCGACGUCUCAGUUAAGUUUGAAUGGUUUAAUGGUAUGCUUGUAAAGGCAGUUGAACAAGGUCACUGGUUAGUCUUGGAUAAUGCCAAUCUUUGUUCCCCGUCUGUCCUGGAUAGAUUGAAUUCUCUUUUGGAAACCAACGGUACAUUGCUGAUAAAUGAAUGUAGUCAAGAAAAUGGAGAGCCGCGUAUAUUAAAACCUCACCCAAACUUCAGACUUUUUUUAACUAUGGAUCCUAAAUACGGCGAACUUUCAAGAGCAAUGAGAAACAGAGGUAUCGAGGUCUUUGUUGAUAAUCUAAAAGAAAGAGCUUCCAGUUUCGAUGCUUUGUCUUUAGGCUAUAAGUGCAACAAGGAAACCAGAGGACGUGCGGAAAUUGACCAAUAUUUUGGUAGUCUACACUUGAACAAUUUGAAAGAAAAGCGUCCAUUAAAAAACUUCAUUCCUGCUCAUAUAUCAGCUUUUCAAUCAUUUUCUAAAAUUCAUGAUGUCAUCCUCAACUCAAGAGGCAGCAUCUCUGUUGAAUCAUUGCUGGGUAUUUUACCAAUUAAUGAGCUGAGUGAAGUACAACAGUGGGUUACUAAUAUCUCAAAUAAUCGCAGUUUUGAGCAGACUGCACUUUUAGAACAUAUGAACGAAAUCCUAAAUUUCUUAGUGGAAAACAAGAUUGUGCAUCGAAUCAACGAUAUCAGCUUAGUUUCAGAGUCAAAUAUUUAUUCUAUUAUCGAUAAAGCGCAGGAUAAUCUCAGUACACAACCGUUAUUUCCCUUAUUAAAUGUUUACGUCUUGCCAAUGAUCGAAAAAAUCUCAAAAAAUAUUUGUUCCCCAGAGCCAUUAUAUCUUUUUGCUUCAGCACGUGUGUUAUUGAAUUCUAUUGAUACUUUGAAGCAAAUCAAUUUGCGUUCACUUCAAGGGAAAUUAACUGAACUAUCUUACAUAGAGCUCUCUGCAGCCGCAACGAAUGGUCGUCAAGUUAAGUUAGUACCAAGGAUUCCAAUAUUCAGUUUCUUAUGUAAAUUGGUUGACCAGUUGCUAUACUCUUUUAGUAACAUUCCUCUUUUCGAACAGACAAAGACAUAUCAAGAAUUUUGGAAUUUGCUUACUGUGAUCGAAAGUGCUCUGGAGACGGCUUCCUUGAAAGACGAGGCUCGUCUAAGAGUUUAUAAGGAACUUUUUGAGGAGUGGUGCAACAUUGCCCGCUCCGAAGGUUUACAAGUCACAGAAUUUUCCGAAAUCUGCAGGGCAUUUGAAGAUACUUUACGUCUACAGCGCGGUCAAUCCAUCACCCUUUUGUGGGAAGCAUUCAGAGGGAAAUAUCCAUCUACUAGACAUGCUUGGAAUGUUUUGACAGAAGUAGCAGCCCUAAGUGACAAAUUUGAUAAGGUGAGAAAAUGCCAGUUCGCAGAAUCAUAUGCUUCUAUCGCUACAUUAACCGAAUUUUUUAGAACAAUUUUUGAUGAUACGCUAAAAGAUGAGAGUAAUGUUAAUAGGGACAUAAUUUCUACUCUUGAAAAAGGUAUAGAUGAGCUGCAAACAAUCUCUUCCAAAUUUUUAAGGAAGAGAAAACAUUUUUUUAUGAAGGAAUUUGACAAUUUAUUGAGACUUCUAUAUCAUAGUCGUGAUGUUCCUCAAGAUUUGUUUAUUGGUCUCGGUGCUUUGUCAUCUAUGUCUACACGUCAAAUGAUCAAAUAUUCCAAUGAGGAGCAUGUUUAUCCACCUAUCUUUGAUCUACUUUGGGUGGAAUCUGAUGGUGCGUACCAAUCUUUUGUAACAUCUUUAUUUACCUCUCAAUAUUUUGAGAGUAUUAUUUCUAAGUCAAACCAAUUUGGCGAUUUUUCAGGUGGUCACAUUCAGCAGACUCUUCUUGAUGCCAAGCUGCUCCUAUCCUCAACUAUUAAAUCUUCAAAAUUCAUCUUGAAUGAUCAAUCUGCUGUAUCAGGAUCAAUCUUGAUGAAGUGGAUAAAUCGCAUUGUCAGCAUUCAUACUAAGCUGGAUAUAGAUGUUAUUCCAUUAGAAAAAGUGAGAUCAAUCGUACUAGAAAGUACUGAAUCCUACUUCUCAGAAGUAUUCCAGAACUAUUUAUUACCUGCUAUUGAGCUUUGUUCUGAUGUUCAAUCAAUGGCCUCCUUAGGUAAGGCAUGGAUUUUGUUUGGGGUAUCAUUGAUUACACUGUAUGCUCCGGAUGUACCAUAUGACCCUGCUCUUCAUGACUAUGUCAUACACGACAUCUUUUCGAAACAAAAGACAUAUUCUGAUGAGUUAGCUAAUACCUGGAUCGCAAUCCGAGAAGUUAUUAAUGGAGAUCAGAAUAUGUUCACUGAAAGAUUUAUUAAAACAGUUCAUGCAACAGAUGCGCCUGCCAAACCAAAGAUAUACAGACCUGAUGAAUCAGUUGACAGUCUCUUUGAUGAAUGGUCAGCAUUUUUAGUUUCUACAGUUUCCAAGGAUCAAGUGUUUAGUCUAUUGAGCGCCACUGAUACCUGGAAUAGGAUGACAGAAGGCCGCUUUGACAUGUUUCAACAGAAUACAUCCAACUUUUUAAGACGCUUAGAAGGUGCUCAUAUGUUUUUUGCUGAUCUAAAUGAUAUUUUUGCAGGAUAUGUCUUAAGUGUAAAAUUUGGUUUUGAGCUUCUCAAGCAAUCGAAAACCGAAAUGCUAAAGGAAACUGACAUUUCGUCAUUGUGGUCCAUUAAUCCAUUGAUCCUUUCAUCAACCGAGCUAAUAAAUGAAUGUUUCAACGAGUUGAUUGAAUACAGCAAGAAAGCGAAGGUAGACAAUACGUCAACAGAAAAUAUUUUAUUAUUCUUUAUGCAACUUUUCAAAGCUCAUAAAAAUGAUAUUUCAUUGCUACCAUGCUUCGAUGCAACCCUACAAUCAUUGUAUUCCAGAUGGUCGAUAAGGCGUAUGAGGGCGGAAAAGGAGUCUGAAUCACAAGAAAGGACCUUCAAAUAUGAAGGAACUAAUGAUGAUUUUGAAGCUGGCUUGAGGGAACUAUUCCCUGAUUAUGAGGAAUCAUUAGAUUUUGAUGAACAUGCUAGUAGUGAUCCAGAAUCAGAAAUGCAUCUAAUGUACUACGCUAUCAGUAGACAGUACACAGAUACAUUUAACGAUGAGGCACAAGAUGACUUUACCGAUAUCUUGAAAAAAGGCUCCAAGAUUGCAAAUUUGCUGGUCUCAGAAUCAAAGAAGUUCAAGUCUCAUAAGUUGGACAACUCUCAUCUAACUGCAGUAUUAAACAUUUUAUCCAAUGAAAUUGCUUCAUUCGAGCAAAAUCCCGACAUGAAGAAAUUAGAUUUCUACAGAGACUCUUCUGUGUUUGAAUCACAAAAAGCUGCCAGUGUUAUCGACUCCAUUUGGAAAAUUGUCUACGGUUAUCUCAAUGAAUGGCCUGAGCAUGCAACUUUAAACGAAUUGAGCAGAAUCUGCGAGGAGUUUUUAGAAUAUCCAGCUAGUACCCCCAUUUACAAGCAAUUACAGAAAUUGGAGCAAGUAUAUACAUUUAUGGCAGAAUGGGAAAGAUAUGCUUCUUCUCAAGUGUCCUUAGGAAAUUGUAUUAGAGACAUUACAGAUCUGAUAGUGUCUUGGAGAAGGUUAGAGUUACACACAUGGAACGGAUUAUUUAAUAGUGAAGAUGAAAAACUCAAACAAAAAACUGGAAAAUGGUGGUUUUACUUGUAUGAAACAAUUAUUGCUGCCAAUGCUGCAAAGCCGGAUACUAUUUUGAUAGAAAACAAUACUCAAUUGGUGUCUUCUUUGAAUAUCUUUUUCAGUAAAAGCACAUAUGGUGAGUUUGUCAGCCGUUUAGAACUUGUUGAAGCUUUUUCCAAGCACCUUCAGUUGCUGAACUUGUCACAAUCUGCGGUUGCACAUAUUUUAAAUAAUGUGAUAUCAUUUUACGGACAGUUCAAGCCUCUCAUUUUAGAGACUCUGAAGAAUGGUCGUAAGGCGUUAGAUAAGGAGAUGUCAGAGGUUAUUUUGUUAGCAAGUUGGAAGGAUGUGAAUAUUGACGCCUUGAAGGAGAGCUCUCGUCGUUCUCAUAACAGCUUGUACAAGAUCGUCCGUAAAUACAGGGAUGUUCUAUCUACCGCUGUGCAACCUUUGAUUGAAGGUGGUCUAUCUUUUAUUCCAGGUCAGAAAGUAGUUUUACAACCUUUAGGUCUCGGUUCCUUCCCUGAGUUUGAUCUAGCUGCCGCUAAAGAAAUGGUUAUAGCUAUUCCUGGUUGGGAUUCCAGAAGUAGUGUGCUACAAAACGUUGAUAUCGUAGAAAGCAAUAUGAACGUUUAUAUGACUAAACUAUCUAACCAAAAAUACCCAAGUUUGGAAGUUCUGGCAAAGGAGUUUGGAAGAGAAGCUGACAGACUACGUGAUGAAACUCCAAAUGUUUACAGUAAAGACAAGAAAAAACUAUUGGCCUCAUUGCGGACUCAGAAAAGUAAGCUAUUAAGUGAUGCUCUAAAAGAAUUGAAAAGAAUUGGUCUAAAAACCAACUUUAGAGAAGAUAUACGUAAGGUUCAAAGCACCACUUCGUCUAUCCUAACCAACUCUGUUUCAUUCAGUCUGUCAAGUUUGCAGGGUUCUGAUCUCUACUUUUUCAAGCUCUUGGAGUUAUUACCUCGUCUUAGAGCCUCCGCUGGAAAUCCUGCUGAGGAUAUCCCUGUCCUUACAAUAGAAAGAGGUAUGGCAAUAGCAGAAAACCUGGUCUUUUCUUUAAUCACAACCAGAGCUCCAUUGUACGAAUUAUCGCAAUCGUAUUACAGUAUAAAAGAACUUCGUGGAAGCCUCGAAAACCUUUGCUGCUCCAAGGGAUUCAUAAAACCAUUUUCGUUGAACUUUUCUGUUAAUAAAUUGAAGCAUUUCUGUGGGUGGUUGCCAGAAUUAAUCAACUAUGCAUUACAUACAUUAGCCAUAAUAGAAACGUCAUCAGCUGAACAAAUUGAUACUACGUACCUGUUAGAGGCUAAACAAACAUUGAAUUCAUUCCAUAGCAAGAUGACUAACGUUAAAACUCUGGACUCUAAUGCUAGCUUCCUGGUCUCUGAAUUCGAAAAUUUCAUGAUUAACUUCAUAGCUAAACUAAAUGAGAGAAGGGCCCCAAAUACUUUCUUCGUAUAUGACACACUACUCAAGUGGAUAUACGAUCACAACAUUUCCAAUACAGACUUUACCAAUCAAUUAGAAGAGGUAAAACUGCAAGAUAUUGAUCAAGCAUUCCGUAAGGUUUACACUUCGGUUGUUCUCUCAUUCCAAAAGUUGAUGGAAUUAGGUUACGAAUCUGUCGAGGAAUCUGAAGACAAGUGGUUACAAACUACAUCUAAACAAUUGAUGAAGUACGUUAAAAUCUUGACAAGUUCCUCAGUGUUGAAAAAUCUGGAGGCAGCUAGCCAACUUCUCGAUGAAAAUGACAUUUCUUCGAGUAAGGCCGAUUUCGUCAGAGCUAUUGUGACAUUUACUCUUCCAGUAAUCAAUAAAUAUUUCAUGACAACGCGCUGUAUUUUAGAGAAGGUCAGAAGUUAUUAUGUAACUACAAGUCAUGGUACCUACAUUUUGUCCAAUAUAUUAUUGAAUUUGGCUAAAAAUGGUCUUUGCUCACCUGAGCCACCAAGUGAAGAAGUUGAAGACAAUAAUCUCCAUGAGGGUACAGGUCUAGGUGAUGGUGAAGGUGCACAGAAUAAUUCUAAAGACAUCGAGCAAGAUGAAGAUUUGACAGAAGAUGCUCAAACUGCUAAUAAAGAUCAAAAAGAAAAGGACGAAUUUGAUGAAGAAGAUGAAAAGGAUGAUGCUGUCGAGAUGGAGGGUGACAUGGCUGGUGAAAUGGAGGAAGCGUCGGAUCAAGAAGAUAAGGAUGAUGACGAUGAGCUCGAUGACGAAGAUGAACUAGAUAAACAAAUUGACAACAUUGAUGACGACGAUCCCAACGCAAUUGAUGAAAAAAUGUGGAAUGAAGAAGCUGAAGAUGACAGCAAGGAAAAGAAUUCUGAUAAAAACCUUGACUCUAAAAAUGACGAUGAAGACAUACAAGCUUCUGAAAAUAAGAAUGACGACGAUGAUUUAAAUAAAGAAAAGGAUCAAGAAGGUACAAAUGAAGAAUCUAAUGCUCCUGAUGGACCAGAAGAGCAAGGGGAAGAUCAAGAGGAUCAAGAGGAUCAGAAUUCAGCUGAUGAAGAAAAUGAUGUUGGUGAACAAGAAGAUGAAGUCAGGGCAGAUGAUGAAGGCCAAGAGUUAGAUACAAAUGUUCCAGAAACUGAAACCAUGGAUCUUCCAGAUGUUAUGGAUUUGGAUGGGGGAAGUGAAGACGAUGAAGAGGAGAACGGGUCUGAGAACAUUGAAGACAAUGAAAGCCCCGAUGAAUCUGAUGAUAAUUUGGAUAAUACUGAAGCUAAUGAUAUCUCAGACGUUGAACAACAAAACGAAGACAUGGAGUCUGAAGAAAUGACAGAACAAGAAGGCCUAGAAAUGGACCAAGACGAAAAUUCUAAUGAUAUGGAAGACCAAGAAAUGAACCCUGAUGACGUGACAGAAAACGAAGAUCAUGAUAUGGAAAAUACCAACGAUUCCGAAGAAGAAUUAGACGAGGGUAAAUUCGAUGAACACCAGAAGGCUGAUGAAGACCAAGAGAACAAUGCUGAAGGUCUAGCUGGUAUAGGUAACGGUAUUGACGAAGAAAAUGUUGAUACUGAUGCGGCUACUCAGCAGCAAUCAGGUUCGAAGGGCGAGGGUGCCGAUGCUAAGGACGUUGAAGAACAGGAGGAUAUUGGUGCAUCAGGUGAGACAAUGAAUACUUACCAAGAUGAUAAGGAAAACAAUGACGAGCAAGACACCAACGAAAGUUCAAGGCAAGAAGCCAAAGAGGCCCUGAAACAAUUGGGUGAUAGUUUGAAAGAAUAUCAUAGACGUAGACAAGAAAUUAAGGAAGCUACUAAUAAUGAGGAUGAGAAGACCCAAGAACCACUUGCUAGCCAGAGACCAGAUGAAUUUGAACAUGCCGAAGGAGCUAACACAGAAAACGAUACACAGGCCCUAGGUGCUGCUUCCAAGGAACAGCUACAAACUGUUGAUGAAGAUAUGGCCAUUGAUGACGACGAAGAUCGAAUGAAUGAUAAAGAUCUUAAUGAAAAGGAAGAUUAUGAAAUGGUUGAUGAAGAAAGCGUAGUUGAAGAGAAGGAAAAUGAACUUGAAGAGACUUCUGAAGCAGACAACGCUGGCCAAAAUAAUUUGAAUAAAGGUGUCUUUGCUGGUGUCGGAAGGGAAACUGAAGAGGAUUUGCUAGAUCCAAACAACAAUAAUACUCUCAAGAACAAUGCUUACGAAGAUGAACUGGACGAAUUGAUGGAUAAGAUUGACCUAGAUGCCAAGGAAAACGAAAUUAAUGAAGAGGCACCGACAAGAACUAUUGAAGAAUCUCGUGACAUUUGGCGCAAGAGUGAAAUUUCUACAGCUGAUUUGGUAUCGAGACUAGGUGAACAAUUAAGGUUGAUUUUAGAGCCAACCCUAGCUACAAAGUUAAGAGGUGAUUACAAGACUGGUAAGAGAUUAAACAUGAAGCGUAUAAUUCCUUACAUUGCAUCUCAAUUCCGUAAGGAUAAAAUUUGGUUAAGAAGAACUAAACCAAGUAAAAGGCAAUACCAAAUCAUGAUUGCAUUAGAUAACUCCAAAUCAAUGAGUGAAUCUAAAUGUGUCAAACUGGCGUUUGAUAGUUUAUGUUUGGUAUCUAAGACACUAUCUCAAUUAGAAUCCGGCGGUUUAUCUAUUGUGAAAUUUGGUGAACACUUUCGAGAGGUUCAUAAGUUUGAUCAACAAUUCAGUAAUGAAUCUGGCGCCAAAGCUUUCCAAUGGUUUGAUUUCAAAGAUACAAAGACUGAUGUUGAAAGACUUGUCGCAGAAUCCAUAAAGAUUUUCGAACGUGGUCGUUUAUUGGGCAACAAUAACUCAGAUCAAUGGCAGCUAGAAAUAAUUAUUUCCGAUGGUAUUUGUGAAAACCAUGAAACGAUAAAAAGAUUAGUACGUAGAGCAAGAGAGAAGAAAAUUAUGUUGGUGUUUGUUAUCAUUGACGGUAUCAGUUCCAAUGAGUCAAUCAUGGACAUGAAUCAAGUUACCUACGUUCCAGACCAAUAUGGUAAUCAACAGUUGAAGAUCAACAAAUAUUUGGACAGCUUCCCAUUCGAGUUUUAUGUGGUUGUUCACGACAUCAGUGAAUUACCAGAAAUGCUGUCAUUAAUCUUACGUCAAUAUUUUACAGACUUGGCAUCGUCCUGA